AUGUCGCAUUAUUGUUUUUUGUUGUCUAAAAAAACAGGUACAAAUCGAACUGAUUCUGAAGAGGAAUCAUUCAAUAGUAAUGUUGUUGACUCGCCCGGUGGGAAAACCAAGUUGUGGAAACCUAUUGUUCCUAAAGAAUUUAUGCCAGAUGUAGAUGCUACUUAUCAAUCAUUAGAGGAGGCGGUUGAAACGUAUAAAUUAUAUGCAGAUAAAGCAGGUUUUGGUGUCAGGUUAAAUACAGUAACAAGGUUUGGUGACAAAACCAUUAAAAAAAGAAGGAAGAUGGGAAACAUUAUAGGUGACAAGGAUGCACAGCUAGUUGUUGACAAAAUGAACAUGAGGAAAGAUGAGUUACAUAACUACACAUUUGAGUAUAAAUGUGUUGAUAGUGUGUUAAACGCAAUGUUUUGGGCGGAUGAAACCGAUACGUUAUAUUACAAGGAGUUUGGAGAUGUGAUCUCAUUUGAUGCUACAUUCCGAACAAAUAAGUUUGCUCUUAUAGUUUCAGCCGAUUUUUUGAAAAACACUGAUUUUCGAAAGCGUUUUACUAAGCUUGUUUGGAAUGUCUACAUCGAGCCUGAAGUCUUUGAAUCAAGGUGGAAACUACUUAUGAGAAAAUUCAAACUACAGGACAAAAGAUGGAUCAAAGACAUGUACAGGGAUCGAAAGCUUUGGAUUCCAGCCUAUUUUAAAGACAUGCCACUACACGGUCUGAUGAAAACUACUUCAAGGUCUGAAAGCGUCAACUCAUUUUUUAGUAAAUACUCUAACUCUGGUAAUUUGCUUAUCUAUUUCAUGAUGAACUACGACACCGCAAUUGGAAAGCAACGAAAUGCUCAACAGAAACUAGAACAUGAUACAAAAAAUGCAAAGCAUGAAAUGACGCUUCCAAGUGGAUUACUAAAACAUGCAGCUGCGGUUUACACUAAAAAAAAUUCUAUGAGGUCAAAAAUGAAAUAUUUAAAGCAGCCUGGUACUGUUCUAUCGACAGUGUUGAAAAGAUUGAUGGGUGACAAGUUGUUAUGA